AUGUCUGAUAAUGAUACAGACUGCGAAAUAGAAUAUCUUGACGAAGAUGCUGAAAUUGUCCAACAAUGUGUUCAAACUGUAGAAGAAGCUCUCGAUCCUGCUCCUGUUGUGCCGGCUAAAUUAAAUGUUCCAUUACUAGUUGAGAGGAGGCCAGUUGGUAAGCCUAAAAAAAAGAGAAAAGUUGAAGAAGAUUCUGAUUAUGAUCCAUCUAAAUAUUCACCUCCCAGAACCAAGAAGAGAAAAACUCAGAAGAUAUUGCGUAGCUUUCCUUUAAAAACUCGCUCUCAAAAGUUUGAAUCGCCACCUGCACGUGCUAAAUCGGAAAGUAGAGAAUAUGUCCCGCCUAAAGUCACGAAACUUCACGUCCAAAAUGAUGAGUUACCGCGUAGUCAACUUGAUAUUCGUAUUCCUGACUAUGAAGAUCCGCUGUGCUUGCCCGUACGUGCGAUUAAAAAGGACGAAAACGACAUGAAAAAAUUAAGGACAUGGAACAGUUUGUGCUUGGAACACUUUAAGCAUAGCGAUACAGCUUUAAGACCGGAGUCUGGUGAAACUCAUGUAACUAAAAGAACAGUUGUCCUUAGGAAUGUAAAUAACAAAUUGACAGGUAAAGUAGAAACAACAAUGUGGAGUAAAAUACAAGUAGAAGACCAGAAAGGUGAUAAAAAGUCAGAAGUAGUGCAAUGUGUUCUGCCAAAGUAUAGGGAGAAAAAGCUGUUGAAUUCUUACAACUUCAUAGAGGCAAGAAGACGAAAACCGUUUCAUCAUAUCAAUGAAGUAAUCCUAACAAAAGAGGACCAUAAGGACGGGGAGAGGUUGAUUGUUUAUAAACCAAAAGAAACUCUUUCAUUGGUGUACAAAAUGUUUGAAACAAAUAUUGACGGCACUGAAGAAAAAGACGAUAGUGAUGAUGAUGAGCAAAAGAAAUUUUUAAAGGAGGUGGCGAGCUGCAGAGUUUGCGCACCCUGCUACCAGAUGUCUUGGAGAGGACUCCGCAAGAAUGAUAAGAAAAUAAAAUGCCAGAUCUGCUCAAGGGUUUGCCUUAGUGUUUACAAUCUGCUGUCCCACCUCAAAAGCCACUCCGCAGAAGACAUACUCAAGUACAAGAAGCUUAUAUCAACGGCUUUGUCUAAGGUGGUUGAUUAUCAUUACAAAUGUCGCAUUUGUCAGCAACAGUUUCCCAACAUCAAGGAAAUGAGGAGGCAUGUGCUCACACACCGCGGUACGGAGCCAUUUGUCUGCGACAUAGGGAGCCAUCCGGCCACUUAG